AUGGACCUCUCUGUUUUGCCAAAUAACAACCAUCCUGACAAAUUCCUGCAGCUUGACGUGAGGUCUUUAAUGAGGAACUCAGCCCUUCUUCAGGCCGGUCUGGUGAGGUUUCCGGGAGGGAAUUACCCUGCUGCACAGCACUGGCAAAACCUCAUCUACUCACAGAGAGAGAAGAAGAAUAUUACUGCUCAACGAAUGAGGAGAUCCAGUGCGGAGGGUGCUGUGACCACAGAGAGCCCCCCACCAUCCCUGUCAUCAGUUCUGAAGAAUAACCCACUAUACAGUGAUGUGAGCUUGGAGGAAGCUAUGGAAGAAAGAAAAAAGAAUCCUUCAUGGACCGUUGAGGAAUAUGACAAGCAUUCCCUGCACACAAACCUCUCUGGGCAUCUGAAGGAAAAUCCUAAUGACCUACGGUUUUGGUUGGGAGACAUGUACACACCCGGUUUUGAUACCUUACUGAAAAAGGAAGAAGAACAAGAGAAGCAUUCAAAAUAUUGUCGUAUAGGUCUGAUUUUGCUCCUCAUUGCCUGCAUCUUUGUUUCCAUAGUAACCAUUAGCACCUUUUUCACCUAA